GCUUACGAUUGGUGACAAAAUCGUCUGAGCCAAUCAGGACACGUAUUAAGACGCCUCGUAUAGUCGAUGCGAUAGCAUGAAAAAUUGUAUCGUGUGCCGAAGGCUUUACUCUUUGAAUUAGGAGUAUAUGUUGAAGCAUGUAACCCAAACAAACCUAUAUAAUUUCGAGUGAUGCAUAUACACACGGAUUGAGUUUCGAUGAAAUAAAAAAAAAAGAAAAUUGGAAAAUGCCACGGGAUAUCAGAUCCUAUUUUGCGCCGAUUGCGACUUCAAAGAAGAACAGCGAGCCUGUCGCUAUAAAACCCCAGAAGCGGCGGGUCAUUUCGUCAGACGAGGAUGAAGAGGCACCAAAAUCGUCUCCAAAACGUUCCAAGGUCGUGCGAAAGACGAAGAAAUCUUCUAUUCUGUCCGACUCUGAAGAUGAAGCAUUCGUCAAAGAUGAUAAGAAAAAUUCUAGACAAUCUAAGGCAAGUAAGAAUGAAAGUGAGAAGCCACGUGAGGCGAUGCUUCCUGGUGAAUUAUUUGGGAAGAAACCGAUAAUGAGAGUGGAAGAGACAAAAGUAAAUCAAAAAUUACAGAAGAUGGAAUCUGAGUUUCACGAUGACGAAGAUUUUGAUGCUGUGCUUAAACAGUUGGACGCAUUUCAAGAUACCAAGCAAAAGAAUAAAAAAAAAGAUAAUAUUAAAAAGAUUUCUAAGAAAUCUGAAGUUAAAACAGAGGUGGACAUUAAUAAAAAACAUGAUACUUAUUUGAAAGAUUCUAAUAAUGGAAUUAAUAUAAGUACAUUAAAAACUGAGGAGGUGAGAAAAUCUCCUAGUAAACAUAAUGCAUGUUCAAAGAUAGUUACAAGUUCCUCUAAAAAAUUACAAAAAGCAAUUAAAAGUAGCACUAAUGGAGAUUUAGAUAUAAGCGAUGAGUAUAAUGAGAGCUCUAAACAAUUGAAUUUCGACAAUUCAACAUCUACCUCUGCAUCAGAAGAAGAUAAAAAUACAGAAAGAUCAAGUAGAAAAAAAGCCAAAACAAUGGAUUUAUUUGAAGAAAGAAUAGAAAAGAAGAAACAGCGUGCUAUAAUGUACGAAAAAUAUCUUCAGCGAGGUGGCGCCAGAAAUCCUGGUUCAAAAGAGAUUCCUACAGGUGCCACAAAUUGUUUAACCGGCCUAAGUUUUUUGAUUACUGGUGUUUUGGAUUCCUUAGAAAGAGACGAAGCCGAGGAUUUAAUACGGAAAUAUGGUGGCCGGACCGUAAACUCUGUAUCGAGCAAAGUAAACUACAUUAUAGUGGGUGAUGAGGCUGGCCCAGCCAAAUUGGCAAAAGCCAAUAGUAUAGGUAUUAAACAGAUAUGCGAGGAUGAUUUUCUAGAAAUGAUUCGCACGAGACCAGAAGGUAGAGCUGAAGAUAUCAAGCCUGUGAUAAAGAAAUCAAACAUAAAAAAAUCAUUGAAUAAAUCUGAAAGUGAUAAAUUAUUAUUACUGAACGAAACAUCAUUUUCAACUAAAAAAGUAAAAACACCCUCAUCUUCACCAGUAAAAACAGAAAUAUUGCCAUCAGUAUCGAAGGAAGCUUCUGAUAUGAGUAAUAACAUACAAAAGAUGAUUACAAGUGUUGGCUCAGAACCAUUAGUUGAGAAGUACAGACCCAAAACUAUGAAGCAGAUCAUAGGUCAGCAAGGAGACAAAAGUUGUGCACACAACUUGUACAUAUGGCUACGUGAUUGGCAUAAAAACCGUCAAGAUCCUAAAGUCAAAAACGGCACUGCCAAACAAACCCAUGGACAAAGUUUUAAAGCUGCGUUGCUGUCCGGUCCACCGGGUGUUGGCAAAACAACAACUGUGCAAGUUGUUUGUAAAGAAUUGGGAUAUGAUCUUGUGGAAUUCAAUGCUUCCGACACGAGAAACAAGACGCUUUUAAAAGAAGCGGUCUCGGGAUUGUUAUCCAAUACUACGAUGAAGGAUUAUGUUACAGGUACCAAACAAAAAAUUACAAGCAAACAUGUGUUGUUGAUGGACGAGGUUGAUGGUAUGGCUGGCAACGAAGAUAGGGGUGGUUUACAGGAAUUAGUUGGUUUAAUAAAAUCUACAGAAGUACCAAUAAUCUGUAUAUGUAAUGAUCGAUUUAAUACAAAAGUGAAAACCAUUUCUACGCAUAGCUAUGACCUGAAAUAUUCGAAGCUCAGAGUGGAACAGAUUAGGAGUUCUAUGAAAUCCUUGUGCUUUAAAGAGAACAUUAAAAUCUCGACGGAGGAUCUCGAUCGUUUAAUCGAGUCGACGAAUUAUGAUAUUCGACAAGUAAUAAAUCAUCUGGAGUUUCUUGGCAGUCAAACAUCUCACACGGAAAAGACCGAUAAAAAGUAUUCGAACAAGAACUUCAAGCUAGGUCCAUUUGAUGUUACAAAAAUGGCAUUUAAUGCAGAGGAGCAAAAAAAUAUGAGUCUGAAUGAUAAGAUUGCUUUAUACUUCCAUGAUUACAAUAUAACGCCACUUUUUAUACAAGAAAAUUAUCCAAGCGUUAGAGUACUUCAAGCGUCACUUCAUCAGAGACUAGAAAAAAUUGCCGACGCGGCUGAUAGUAUAUCUCAAGGAGACUUAAUCGAAAAAGUAAUGAGAAGCAAUAUGAUGUGGAGUCUACUUCCGAUGCAUGCUUGUUUUUCGUUCGUUAUACCGACAAGCAAAAUGUCAGGUUGCUCUGAACCAUUGAUACGAUUCCCAAGCUGGUUUGGACGAAAUUCGAAAGCAACGAGAUUUAACCGAUUAAUGCAAGAGUUGACGACGCAUACGCGAUUAGCUACGGGUGCAAACAAGGAUGCUCUGAAUAUGGAUUAUUUGCCCCAUAUUCGAAACGCCAUUGUAAAACCUCUAAUAGAUAAUGGUGUGGAUGGUAUAGAAGCAGCGAUAAAUAUUAUGGGAAAAUACUAUUUAACCAGGGAAGAUUUAGAUUCAGCAAUAGAAAUUUCUCUUUGGCCAGGAAUUUGCGAUCCUACGAGUAAUCUUGAUAGUAAGGUAAAAGCUGCGUUCACGCGGGCAUAUCAAAAGAAUCCUCCUAUACUGCCAUACGCAUUUAAUACCACUGCUACAGCAAAGAAAAGAUCUAUGCAGAACAACGAUUUUAUGACAGAAGAAGAUGAUGAGGAAGAAACUGACGAUAUUGAUUUUGAUAAGAUGAUUAAGGCUAAGAAACCUAAUACUAGCAAAGCUGCUGCUAGUUCUAGUAAAACUGCAUCGACGAAGAAAGGCAGCGAACCAGCUAAGAAACGUGGAAAAGGACGCGGUAAAAUAAAAUAGCAGACAUAUUACAUUAAAAUAAGGAAUGCAUAUUUUAUUUAAAAAAACUCGCAAUAAAAUUAAUCCAUCACGUUCACUUUUUCGAAUUGAUUGGAGUAGCGUUGAUUUGAUCGUAGCAUGAUUUUGUAUAUUAUAUUUAUUGCAUCAUAAAACGCAAUACUUGGCUUUUGUCUCAAAAUAUAUUUUCUAUUGUUACUUA